GCGUGUUGAGAUAGGCGUUGCCGUCUCUGUUGCCUAACCGAACAGCGUUUAGUUAUUGUAAAACAAUUCAUUUUUUAGCCACUUUUCCAAAUCCAGGACACUAUAUGCAUGUUCUAAAAAAUAACGAAGCUAUUUACUAGUGGCUUUUAUCCCUCAAUUCUGAAAUCACUGUUGCAUGUAACGUCAUUAGUUCAUGCGGUAGGCGAUUGUAUUGGAUGUGUGCGACGUCACUCUCGUUUGUGUGUUUUUCUUCUGGGCUAUUUUUUGUAAAAAAAAAAAAAAAAAAAUCUAGAAUUGACAACAAAGAUGGCAGCCGCAGCAACAAACCUAGAGGAACCUAACCAAAGCGCCGGCGGAGGUAGUAGCGGUAGCGGCAGCAGCAGCUCCCUAGCCGGGGACGGGGAUUCGGAGGAGUCCGAGGAUUUCACGUCCUCGUCCCACUGCUCAGAGCUCUCCCGCCGGCAGAACGAGCAGAGGAAGCUCGGUCUGUUCUGUGACGUUACCUUGGCCUUCAGCAGCGGGGCGGCCACCGGGGGAGUGCAGAGCUGUGAGAUUUCGGCUCACCGGUCAGUCCUGGCCGCGGCGACCGAUUACUUUACCCCGCUGCUUGGGGGACAGUUCUCUGAAUCUCUUUCGGGCCGGGUGGAGAUGAAAGAAUGGAGUUCGGAACUAGGGCCCGACCCAGAGACUGUGGAGAGCGUCAUUGAAUUCAUGUACACCGGGGAGAUCCGGGUCAGCACUGCCAAUAUACACGAAGUAUUGGAGCUUGCAGACAGGUUCCUCCUGCUCCAGCUCAAAGAGUUCUGCGGGGAGUUCCUAAAGAAGAAACUCAACCUGACCAACUGCGUGGCGGUGCACAGCCUGGCGCACAUGUACUCCCUGGACCAGCUCGCUCUGAAAGCCGCAGACAUGAUUCGUCGCAACUUCUACAAGGUGAUCCAGGACGAAGAGUUCUACACGCUGCCCUACCACCUGGUCAGGGACUGGCUGUCGGACGCCGAGAUCACUGUGGACUCGGAAGAGGUCCUCUUCGAAGCCGUCGUGAAGUGGGUCCAGAAGAACUUUGAGGAGCGUGAGAAGUACUUUGAGGAGCUCUUCAGGCUCCUUCGUCUGCCCCAGAUCAAGCCUACCUACCUGACCAGGGUGGUCAAAUCUGAGAAGAUGGUCACAGAAAACGAGGCCUGCCUGAAGCUCGUCUCGGAAGCGGUCGAGGGCCACGCCAUCCGGUUCGAGAACGCCAAGCCCGCCGACUUGGAGUACUGGGCCUCUUACAUGGCCUCAUACAUGGCCUCCUUCCAGCCCCGCUUCGGCCAGAACAUGGACGUGAUCAUGGUCGUGGGAGGUGUGUCGGAAGGCGGGGACUACUUGAGCGAGUGCGUUGGCUACUUCAUCGACGAGGACAGGUGGGUCAAUCUGCCUCACAUCCACAACCACCUGGAUGGGCACGCCAUCGCCACCACGGAGUCGCAUGUUUACGUGGCCGGGUCUAUGGAACCCGGCUUCGCCAAGACCAUGGAACGGUACAACCCGAACCGCAACACGUGGGAGCAGGUGAGCAACCUUCUCACCCGCAAGCACUCCUUCGGGCUCACCUGCAUCAAGGAGAUCCUGUACAGCGUCGGAGGGCACGGCAACUUCAGCCCUGGCUUCAAAGACGUCAGUGUCUACGAGCCGGAGCAGGAUAAGUGGCACAACCUGGAGUCAGCGCCCAAGAUCCUGCGCGAUGUGAAGGCGAUCAGCGUGGAGAACCGCUACGUGUACCUCACCGCGCGGACGCCGGUGGACGCGGACAACGAAGACGGCUUGAAGACCGUCACUACCCGCUACGACACAGACAGCCGCCAGUGGCAGGAAGUGGAGUCGCUGCCACUCAUCGACAACUACUGCAUCUUCCAGAUGGCGGUGGCCGCCACCAACUUCUACCACACCGCCUCCUGCUGCCCCAAGAGCUACGACGACGCGCGGGACGAGGCGGUGAAGCAGAAGAUCACCAGCAGGACCCCGGACGAGAUCCUAGAGAGCUUGCCCCCGGAGGUGACGAGCAGCGAAGGGGCCGCCAUCUGCUACUUCAGGGAUGAUGUAUUCAUCAUCGGGGGCUGGAAAAACAGCGACGACGUCGACAAGCAGUACCGCAAGGAGGCGUACCGCUACUGUGCCGACAGGAAGCGCUGGAUGCUCCUGCCACCCAUGCCCCAGCCCCGCUGUCGGGCGACAGCAUGCCAUGUCAGAAUCCCUUAUAGGUAUCUGUAUGGGACUCAAAGGUACCCCAUGCCGCAGAACUUGGCCCGGCAGCGGGACAGGAUGCAGCAGAUGCAGCAGCUGCACAGACGCACCCUCACCCUAAGGAGGCAACUACAGUCCCAAAUAGAGUGUUAAGAUGUUUCCAGAGUUCAAGCGUACUUCAGCAAGAACUUCAAUUCCUUGGCGGGUGCAUAUUCUCCAGCAGUGAAGAACAAGCGUUAAGAUGUUGGUUUGUGCCUGUUGGUGUCUGCUGGUUGAGCUAGUUACCAUAGUAGGGACUAAGUGCAUGCGUUAGACGUUGAUGAAACAAAUCAACUCUUUUUUUCUCUUCGUUGUUAAAAAUCGUUAUGAUCUUGUGAUGUUGAGGCUUUUGAAGGUUAAUUUGACCUGAAAGCUAUGUGCAAUAUAUAUGUUACUCCAACCAACUCUUGAGGAGUGACACAGUGAAGACUCUCUGGAUUUUUUUAAGCAAAAAGGGGAUUCGUUUCGAACUGACGAAUGGCUUUCUUCAACUAAGACGUCUUAUUCUGCUUGCACUUGUAUAUUUUGUAUGUCUUAUGCUUUAGAUCUUAAUGGAGACUGAAAGGGAUAGAAAGCGUACAAAUAGCUGCACUGCUUUCAAAUACUUGGUUAAAAUAAAUUAUCUUUGUGUGCAGUGUCAGUCAUAGGGAUUUUAUACUAGCUACAUUUUCAAAAUAAUCAAUUGCUUAAUGGUUUGCUGUUGUAUGAACGCUUAUCUUUCUCUAUUGUUUGUUUAUUUAGCAGACGCCUUUAUCCAAGGCGACUUACAGAGACUAGGGUGUGUGAACUAUGCAUCAGCUGCAGAGUCGCUUACAACAACGUCUCACCCAAAAGACGGAGCACAAGGAGGUUAAGUGACUUGCUCAGGGUCACAGAGUGAGUGAGCUGGGAUUUGAACCAGGGACCUCCUGUUUACAAGCCCUUUUCUUUAACCACUGGACCACACAGCCUUUAGGCAUUGUUUGUACCUAAAUCAUUAUUUUACGUGCUUACUAAAUAUUCUAGCACUAAUCCAGAGAUUCAAUGGGAGUAGGUGUUACAAUUGAACACUCUGGUGACCAUUUUAGAAGUGAUGUUUUUAGAGGAAUAGUUAGUAAGCCUGGUAAAUAAUGAUCUAUGUAGAAAUAACAGAAAAUGACAGAGAACGCACAUAAUAGGCUAUUGCACACAGGUUUGGGGUUUCCAAUUCCUUUUUUUAAAAUCAAAUCAAUUGAGAGACAUGAUAAUUGUGAUUGUUUAACUGCUUUCAUUUUAAGCCAGUUUAAAUGACUAACGGAGUAGUGACUUCAGUUUAAGCAAUUUGUUGCCACUCAAUUUAACAGAAUACUGCCAGUUGCAAUUUGUGAUCAAUGAUGUGUUGGAAUUGAUUAAAAGGGAAUGGAGAUUGGUAUUGCGAAUUGAUUUUAAAAUGCAAUUGGAAUUAAAACAAGAAUUGACCCCAGCCCUGAUUGCACAGGAAAGAAAUGAAAUAAAAUACUAUAGUAUUAGCAUGUAAAUGAAGAGGAUUGCACUACAUGCUGUCGCAGUGUGUAUACAGCCCUUAUGUAUUGCUUCUCAAACACCAGUGACAAGGAGCAAUGCUUGCAUUGAUCCCGUUCUGAACUGGAUACAACUGACCAGAUUCCCUGUUGGAAGCAUUUCAAGUGUCUGCACCUGGUUUCAGCAGCAUGCACUGGCAAUAUAUCCGGCAUUCCGGUUUGCAUUCCCAGCUGAUGGCAACCCCAAUCCAUAAGCAAAAUCCCAGGACAAACGUAGGUCCCCCUGAAAAGUUCUAUUGUUAAACCAUUGUCACUUUUGUUUCUUUAAUCAGUUAUUUUGUAUUAUUAUUGGUUAUGGUGGUACUAACCUGCACGGACCAAAUGUUUCAAUCGUUUGUGUGCCACUUACAUUCCACGCAUAUUCAAAGGGUUAAGGGGUGUUGUCUGUUUAACUGUUGCUUCACUUCAUGUAUUCUGGAAUAUAGAACUGUAAGCACUACUUCCAAUAGCUAUACCAGGAUACAGAGGCUUGUCAGAAGAGCUGUUACCCGUUCGUGUAUUGAUGAGUUCUCAUUCCGCUGCAGUGCCCUUUGGUUUACAAGUUCAGUGCACUUGGUAUAAAUAGGGGGCGGACCAAUUUUUUUUUACAUUACCAGCAAGAGAAACCUUCCCAUUUGAGAGAAAUACAAUUACAGUGUUUGGACACUGGUGUUGAUAAGCACUGUGCAAAAAAUAAAUAAAAAUGAAUACAUUUUAAAGCUAGUUUAUUUAUUUUUUGAUACUUUCUUUUAAAAGUUCAGGAAUGUUACUUUAUGAUAUCCUUAUGUCUCUCAUUUCUGCAUUUAAAAAAAAAAAAAGCCCUUGAUGACAUCCUUCAUAAUCCUUUGCCUCGAACCAAGAUCAAUGUUGAACGUUUCCAGAGAAAUGAGUGUUGGAGCUAAGAGAUCAUGUCGGUAUAAUUACUUUAGCAACACCAGACUGUUACUCAGUGUAAAUGUUUAAUACGUGGGCACAAAGUAUAAAUCGCUUGUAUUUGCAAUACAUUUUUUUCUGUUUUAUUGCUCUAUUAAAUUGACCUAGAUGCAGAAUUGUUUCUCUGUGUUUUGAUGGCCGCAGUCAGUAAGGUAAGAUAUUUAAAGGUGUAGCAACUAAAUCUUUUAGCUUCAGUAUCCUGUUCUCCUAAAUGCGCAAGCCUGCUAAAAUGGCAAGUCAUGUGUUAAGUGGAACUGGAAAAGGGCCGACAACGAAAGCAGGUGGGACUCUUAAUUGGUGCGGACCAACAUGGAGACAAGGGUUUCUCUGGCGUGGUUUUGUGCACUUUUUUUAAAAUUGAAAAAAGUGUAUUUGAAAUUAUCUGUAGAAGUUCAACUACACAAUGAAAGGAGAGUAGUAAAAAAGAAAUGCUGAAGCUAUUUUAAAAAGGACUACGCCUUUAAUAUUUUCUGCCUGCGUGGACUUUGAGCUGAAAGCUUUUUACCGUUUCCUUUUCUUAUAUUAAAUGUUAGUUACGUUUCUUUUUUUAAAGUGCUUUAUGGUAUUUGUCAUUUGUGGCUUUUUUUUGUGAUGCUUACAUGAAUUUGAUGUGAUCGUACAGUGGUAAAAACCUAGAUAUAUAGAAAUAUAUACAGUAUAAUGUAUGUGCAUUAAUUGACCAUGUUAAUUAUAUCUGCCAGGUAAAUAAAACGUAGACUAUUAAAAAUCUUUAGAACCCA